GGUUUCGAUCCAGAGGACAGGGAGCGGCAGCUUCCCCUGCGAUGGCCGAAGAGGACAUGCUGCUGUCUGCAGACCCUGAAUGCUCCCGAGCAUGCCCAACUGAGACCCCUACUGUGAAAGAGCUGGAGGAGCUCUUGUACACGGGGAGACCCUCCUGCAACCAUGUCGAUGAAGUUUGGCCUAAUCUCUUCUUAGGAGACCACAAUUCAGUCCAUAGUCGAUUCGAUUUAUGGAAGGUGGGCAUCAGCCACAUUUUAAAUGCUGCUCACGGCACACUGUUUUGCCACGAACCUCAUGAUUUUUAUGGAGCAACCGUCGAAUAUUAUGGAGUGCCAGCCCACGACCUUCCGGAUUUUGACAUCAGUCCGUAUUUUCACCCUGCAGCAGAAUUUAUACACAAAGCCUUGAGCACCCCAGGAGGGAAGAUUUUGGUUCACUGCAUUCUCGGUAAAAGCCGAUCAGCAGCCUUGGGGUUGGCUUAUCUCAUGAUCUACCACAACUUCUCACUGAGGGAUGCUAUCGAAAGAGUUCUCCAACACAGAGCCGUCUGCCCAAACCGCAGGCUCCUGAAACAGCUGCAAGGUCUUGAUCUGGAGAUGCAGCGCAAGAAAAGCCCACGCCGACUUCUGUAA